AUGCUCCGACCCGACUGGUACAGGCUGGCCAAGGGGCCCACGACCAAGCGGUAUUUUUCGGUCGCUCACGUGACGCUCAAGCCCCACCCUGCGGCCUCUUCUCGCAUGGCAGCGUCCGUUCCAACCUCCAGAACAGAUGGAUACUACAAGACCAAUGCCCGAGUCAGGGGAUACAAGAACAGACAGAGUAAAGGCAGCAACAAAGACGACAGCAUUGACAACGUGAAAUUCAUCAGCAAAAAAUACAUUAAUCAGGCAGAGGUCUACGAACAAGCGUCUCCUUCACGACAAAAGAGUCUCCGUCACUCUGAACAGGUCAAACGGGACUAUGACGCUUCUUUUCCGCCGUUGUAUGCCCGGAGAGUCGAUGUGGAGACGUCGAGACUCCAAGAACAGCUCUACAGAGAAGAUCUGAACCUGCGGCAGAAACUGGCAAAGUUGCCCCAGCAACGAGCUGUUGUGGGAGGUAUCAUUAUGAAGAUUGAAGCCAGUGUGAAGACCCGAGGCAAGGGCUGGAUGAACCACGGUCAGGUGAUCGAGGAACUGAUCAUUCGAGGAGACGUCUUUGAAGCUAUUCUGGUGUUCAAAUGGUACAGAAAAGAAGAGAGUGUGAAGACCAACCUGGGGGAGAUUCUCAAGGUUCUUCUUGCCAGCGAGUAUCCCGGCUUGGCAGCCGAUGUAGUCCAGCUGGCCCACCAGUGGCAAAUUCCGCUUACAUCAUACCAUAUUGUGGCAGGUAUCAAGGGUCUGAAGGAGACUGUGAAUUCUGGGAAUGCUGUGGAGAAGCUCAAAGCUGCCUAUCAGAUGUGCGACUGGGCUCUCGCUCCUUCUCCAGAGAAUGGAAACGAGCCGCAAUUCAAGGAUGCGGAGUUUGUGCUACCCCACGUGCUGUUUUUCGCAUGGAGAGUGCCCCACAAUGCCAGAAAUGAAGUUCUUCAUCUCGUCAACAAAGUAUGCCCUGCUUUCAAGGUGGACAUUAGUCGAGCAGCGUUUCUGACACAGUACUUUGCGGGCGUAGCGUAUCAUGUGACUCCCAACGACGAGGAGGCUACGAUUCAGACCGUUGAAGACGCUGUCAAGUUGCUUCAGAAUGUGUCUCUUGUUGAUGGAGGUCUGAUGUCGUCUAUCAUUCUGGGUCUGAGAGAACAAUUCAAGAACCCUGUGGACGACAGUCUGGAUUGGGAGCACGAGAUUGGCGGUCUGAAAUGGAAAAACGUGCUUGAAAUCGCUUUCCGAGCUGUCAGACCGGAUAGAAAACGAUCUGGACCUCUUGCCCACAUUGAUGUAAAGCGGGAGCUGGCUACGUGUUCUCAGCUGCUCGGCAUUUGUAAUGUCUUGAACGACAACCAACUGGCCAGAAACUGGUUCCACAAUUACGUGCUUCCUGUGGUUCUUGAAGCUCCUAACAAGGAGCUCAGCCAGUUGGACAAGAAUGGCAAUGUGCAAGUUCUCAACAUUUUCAACGUGUUUGCAGCUUUGGAUAAGAACAACAUUGCCACUGAAGACUCGCGAGACCUUUUCUUGUCUGUUAUGAGUCGAAUCCCCAACUUGGAUUCUCGACCAGCUCUUUCUCGAUUCAUUGCAGAGACUUCGAGACUUGAGAGAAUCAUUCUGAGCAAGUGCCAUGACGAGGCCACCGCCAAAAAGGUCCGUCAGACCGUCGACUCCACCCACAAACGAAUCCUCGGAGGUCUUCCACAUACUUGUGUCAUUUCACGAUCUCUGAUCAAGUCCUGGAGAUACGCCAUUGGCGACGCAGCUCGAGACUACCAUCGAGUCCCCUACUUGCGGUCCGUGGCCAUCGACCAGCUGUUCAUGUGGGAUCCCAAAAUUUCGCAGAACAGAUCGUUCCUCAAGUCGCCUGAAAACCUAUGGGCGGUGGCGGAGAUCUACGAGCUGCUGCAGGCCGAGUAUGUCAUCAUGCAGCGAUCUAGUCCCAAAAAGACACAGAGCAUCCAGCAGCUUCUUCACGUGAUGAUGCACAGACUGUCGGCGUUUGUGCCUGGCGGAAUGACUCCCGAGAUUAUCGAUCACCACCGAGCCAACCAGGUGCUUAUGAACAUCAUUUCCAAGAAGGCCAUUCCCAUGCCGUAUGACUCGGACGGAAAAGAACCCCAGUGGCUCAUGGGACCGGAGUCCAAACCUGUCACUGCUGACGAGAUAGCAAAGGCCAGAGUGACCAAGAAGUUUGGAGCCAGACCCAAGACCGAGCGAGCAGAAAAGACGGAAAAGAGACGCGGAACUAAACGACUGAGACACAAGCCUACCAAGGACAAGUCGCCAAGUGGAAACGAGAUCCUCAACUCCAUGUUGUCUAUGCCGGACCAGUUCAAGCGAUAA